AUGUCGCUCGACAGUAAAGAGCUGUUCUCCAAGUCCUAUUCGCAAGACAUUCUUCGCUUCACAUCAGAGGAGAAAUGUACCUUAAUCAACUCUUUCUGGCCUCAGCUGAACCUUUCAAAACAUACGUACAACGACAAGAAAUAUGCAAGCUUGCUAAACUUCUGGGGUCUUACACUGCAGAGCCUGCAUCCCCCCAACUCCAGAUUUGCGACAGAACAGUGGGGUGGCCUUCUUGCUAUAGUGGGUGUGCUAAGGUCCGAUCGGAAUAGCACGAGAAGAGAGUUGGUCGCUAAGAUUGAGAGCAUGUACUUUAAGAACUUCAAAAAUGAGCCUAUCUCGGGUUCCAUUGAGCUUGCAGUCCAACUUUGGCUGGGGAUACAUCUUCACUCCAACGAAUCGCCCAAUCUGGUCAAGAACCCGAUGGAUACAUGUGUCUCUUGGGCGGAUGAUCAAUCUCUGGAGAAAGCGAUCGCUGCUCAGUUCUCUCAGCAUACGAAAGCAGCACAGUCCGUACAGAAUUGUCCGCUGGACACGUCAUUCACCGCCAUGGGCCUGAAGAGUACGCACGGAAUGAAUCUACUUUGGACCGAUAGCUUGGUGGAUCAUUUGAAGCUUGAAGGGUCCCCUGGAAACCGCCGAUUGUUCAUCUACAGACAUAAGACUUGUCUUGUAAACCACCGGAGCGGAUCAACACCACCGAUCAUAUCAGCGGACAUCCUGGACGAAGCCAUUCGAACUCUCGACCUCUUGUUUCCGGUUGGCCACAAGCAGACAAUAGCAUUCCUGAAGAAAUCUGGGGUACAAAUGUGGAUUGAGAACCCAUCAGAGUCUCUGCGAGCAACUGAGUUGAACGAAUUCGUAUACUGGAGAAGCCGUCUCGCACAAUUGCUAAACCUGUUGAACAGUCGUCCGGAGACUGUACUUCAAGCAAUGAAGGAUACAAGACAUCCUGUCGAGUUUGUAAAAUUGUGGGGGGCUGUUUUCGGAGUCUUCCUCCUAACGAUCCUGUUUGGCGUCCUCUCGACUGUCUACUCGGCCAAGCAGUAUAAUGUCGCCGUCGAUUCAUACCAGCUUGCCCUGGCGCAGGCCUGCUGCCAACAAACAUCCCCACUGUUACCCAUCUGUGCCCAGUCGACCGCAAAGCUGUGCUGA